GCCUAUAUAAACCAAAUCACAUUCUAGUCUGCUAAUUAACAAAGGGAUCCCUAGAAGAGAAGACAUGAAGAAGGUGCGCAUCCGAUGGCCGAGAUUUUGCGCUGCUUGUGCCGUCGAUGACAGCGGCGCCGGACUCAAGAUCAACCAUAGCUCUUUUCGAAGCAGCAGUGACGACGGUGAGGCCCCGAACCCCAGAUUCUCGGGCGGUGGCGAAGAUGGUGUCUCCUCGGGUGGCGGCCCCGGCAGUGGCGGCGGGGGAAACAGGGUGAUGGUGGUGGUGGACUCGAGCCCCGAAGCAAAGGGCGCUCUUGAAUGGGCGCUCUCUCUAACUGUCCAAAGCCAAGACGACGCUAUUGUUCUCCUUCACGUAGCCAAGCCCCAUGAAGGAGAGUGCAGGAGGCAGAUUGAUGGGAGAGCUCGGGAGCUUUUGCAUUCCAUGAAGAGCACGUGCCAAAAGAGAAGGCCAGGGGUACAAGUGGAGGUGGUCAUAAGAGAAGGGAGAAAUAACAAGGGUCCAAUCAUAGUGGAAGAGGCCAAGCGGCGGGAGGUGUCGUUGCUGGCGAUCGGCCAGAGGAAGCAGUCGAUGAUGUGGUGGCUGACGAGGCGGUGGUCCCGGAGGCGGCUCCGCUGUGGAGGAGUGGUGGAGUACUGCAUUGAGAAUGCUAAUUGCAUGACCGUCGGUGUGAGGAGGAAGAGUAAGAGUCUUGGUGGGUACUUGAUCACCACCAAGCGUCACAAGAAUUUUUGGCUUUUAGCUUGACUUUAAUAUAAAUAAAUAAGUACUCGCCCCGAAUCGUUUAUAAUCUAUUCGAAUUAGAAUAAGCCAUGGGGUUCGUUGCAAUUGUUAAUGAAUUCACAUAGACUUACAUAUGUUUUCCAAAUAAUAUAUAUUUCUCCCUUAAAUUUGUUGGAGUUAUCUUACAUCG